GAGCACCUCAGUGGCGCCCUAUGAUCCAAGCAAAAGCAAACUUAAAUCACUUAAAUAUAAUUUAUCAACAAUUGAAAUACUUUUCACAAAAAAAAAUCAGAACUAAAAACAUUAUUUUUUGUGAAUUUACGAAAUCAUAUAAUUCAAAAAUUUACUAGAUAGUAAAAAAAAAAUUUACUAAAACACACGCCGCCGGCUGAGUUGUGCUUCCUCACAAACGUCCGAGGUUGUUUUUUUUCGUGGUGACUAGUUGUUGUGUUUUUUCCAACAAAAACACCACCCAUUCAGAUAACUUAACCUAAUUGACAUUUUCGACAUUAAUUGGAUUAUAGGCCAACCAGAUUUUCCGUCAGAUUUCGACAUCCUGGAAGAAACUUUAUUAAAAAUGGAAUGCGAUUAUGGAGUGAAAGAUGAAUAUCAAGCUAUUGAAAGUCGGCGUGGUUGGCAACCACUGUUUACGGAAAUAAGAGAAAAAUCUGCCAAUUUCAGUAUUGCUGAAUCUAAAAAAGUUGCCAAUCGUGAUCUAAAUCGUUAUCGGGAUGUCAACCCUUUUGAUCAUAGUAGAAUAGUUUUAAGAAGAGGAAAUUGCAGCUACAUAAAUGCUAGCCUUGUCAAAGUGCAAGCUGUAGAAAGAACAUACAUACUGACACAAGGGCCCUUACCUUCAACAGUCUCUCAUUUCUGGACAAUGGUUUGGGAACAAAAUUGUAAAAUAAUUGCAAUGCUUAACAACAUAAUUGAGAAAAAUCAGGUAAAAUGCCAUACCUAUUGGCCAGUUGGAACACACACCAAUAAUAUGCUCACAUUUGAAGAUGUUCAGCUAACAGUUGAACUUGUUGAAGAGGAACACAAACAAAAUUAUAUUCUUCGAACCUUGAGGCUUGUUGAUUUGGAUAAUGAAGAAGUUAGGUUAGUUAGACAAUAUCACUAUACCACUUGGCCUGACUUUGGAGUUCCUACAACCCCAUCUGAUUUUAUCCAAUAUCUUCAAGAUAUUCGAAAUACCGGAGGACUCGGACCUGGAACAGAAGAAGAACCAAUAGGACCUGCCAUUGUUCAUUGUUCGGCUGGUAUAGGACGAUCGGGAACAUUUUGCAUCGUUGACACUGCAUUGUUACAGUUGGAACGUGGUGAAAGAGUGAACGUCAAGGAAUUGCUAUUGGAAAUGCGUCGUUAUAGAAUGGGUUUAAUUCAAACUGCCGAGCAGCUACGUUUUUCUUAUCUCUCCAUUAUUGAGGGAGCCGAAUCAAUGAACAUAGAUUUACGACGAUGGAUGCCUCCACAUAUACCUGGAAGUGCUAGUUGUAGCGACUCUGACUCGGACAGCGAAGAUGAUUCAGACAAUCCCGAAGAAGUUGAAGAAGAAGAUGAUGUCGUAUCUUCUGAACCUGUCCAAUUCAACCAAACAUCCAACAGUCAACAUAUAAUCGAAGGUGUUAAUGGCGAUCAGGGAAUACUUGCAAACAACGAUGCAGAAGAGCUACCACCUCCAAUUCCUCCCCGCGCGGAGUCCCUUAUGGCUUCUCCUGAUUAUGAUCGUCCUCUUCCACUUGCUCCAUCUAAACGGGGUCAUGAAGAGAUGGAAGUUUCUACUGCCUCCGAAACCGAAGAAGACCCUGCUGAGAGUGAUUCGGUUGUUGAGGAAGCUGCUGGCAGCGAAUGUGAGCGAAAGCGUCGGAAACAAGCAGAAACGACCAUUCCAAGGGCAGCAGAGUCUGACAACGGCGGAGUUCGCCAGCGACGCGAUGAACGAAAGGAAAAGAGUCAGAAGACGCUACAAAUGAUCAGUAACAUUAAAGAAAAGCAGAAGGAACAAGAAAGGAAAUCCGAGUUACAAGGAAAGGUUAUCGCGGGUUCAAAAUGGGUCGGUAUCAGCGUAGGUAUUUUUGUCUUGGUUUGCGCUGGUAUCCGAUAUUUUCAUGGCUGACAAGUUUGGUGGAAAAAGUUUUCCUUAGCCAAUUAUCGUUAUUAUCAUUUGCUGUGGUCUAACUUUCCUCCCGUGUGACUCUUAUGUAAACUUAUGUACAUAUAGUUGCCUAGUUAUGUUCGACCUACUGUAUCUCUCGCAGGUUGAAAGACCAGCAGCCAGCCUCUAUCAAUAUUGUUAUCUCUCUCACUCUCACCUGCUUUCCCUGACUGUCGGAAUCCCCCCUUCUCUUUUUUUUUCUCUUGUUAAUGUCUAAUUUGCUUUGCAAUUUUUUAUUUUACUUUUUUUCCCUAUUUUUCAGGACUGGUCAUAAUUUCUCUAAUGAUUUAAGUUCUUUGUAUUGAAGAGACCAUUGUUCUGUAUGUUAUCUUCAAUUCUUACUGAGUCAUUCUCAGCUCCUUCUUAAUCAUUUACACUUUCUUUCUUACCUUUCGUCGAUGUUUAUAGAAACCAUAAUUUCAAAGCCCAAUAUCCCUUGGCCAAAUGUGUUUUGGGAAUAGUAAUGGUUACACUCCCCCCACCCCUAAAAAAACAUUAGGCAGAAAUAGUUCAACCUCUCGGGUUCCUUUUCCCACGCAGCCUUUCAGUUUAAAUGGGGAUCCUUGAAGAGAGAUAGAGAGAGUAAUGCAGAAGACACAUUUGAAUUAUCAGUGCAGGAGUCCUAAUGUAAUGUAAUAACAAGCAGUGUUGUUUUACACAGCACUAAUGACAAUACACAUCGGUUUAUCGAAACCACGAAUUCAGAAAUA